AUCGAUGAUGAUGAGUCUGCAACCAUCAUGGAUGCAACUGUGACACAGUAUGGUAAUGCACUCGAAGCAAUGAUUGAAAUGCGGCCAACUGUCGGAACGGUUACUCUACUUUUGAAGGUCUCGCGUAUGCUCCAGCCGUAUUAUGGUAAGCUGGCUGAACAUGAACGGAGCAGAUCUAUCGACGCUACUGUACAAGUUCUUCGUGUAUAUCUGGAUAGAGCUGAAGAUAUAACUAUUGGGAUAGCAAGUGACUUUGGACCUCUCUCGUCAUUGCUGGCUCGUCUCUCACCUCGUCUUGUCGACUCUUUGGCUCUUGUACGCCAUCAGUCUCUUGCUGCUAUACAUUUCGCGUUUCGCCUUGCCAAUGCUUAUAAGGUAUGGAUCUCGCCAUAUGUCAUUUCUUUCCAAUCGUGUUUUUUUAAUGCUUGGACGCUGACAUUUAGGGUCAUGGCACUCAUACGGACUCAAGCCUAUUUCGCAUUGAGGAAUUCAGCAAAACUUAUCUGGACAGUGAAGGACGUUUGGAUACGAAUGAUGCUAAAAAGGCUAUCAGAAAGAUGGCUGAAGCAAGUUAUUUAUGUAGUAAAUGCUACUUUUUACAUUAGAGAAGUUAUUGAAGCACGGCUGCCUCAGUGUCAGAUACAGACAUAUCUAUCAGCGCUCUUUGAGAUGUUAACGGAUCGUCAAAGUCAGGUGUCAUCGGCUGCGGCUCAGCUGCUGACCCAUUCACUAACUUGUCGUGGAGAUACACUGGUUCACGAGGCUGACACAUUAGUCACAACGAUACUCGCUAGAUUGCCUGAAGUUCAUUCCUGUGUGCAAACCUACACCGAUCUUCUUGCAGCCCUUGUUGCUUUUGCUGCGCAUCAACAGACAGUUGUUUGUGAUGUGAUGCUGAGGCAACCCUUGCCCUACUCAUUCGUAUUCAGUUGUAAGUGUGAUGUUUAUGUGCUUAGGCAAUUGUUGGACGCGUGGGAAUGUGUAUCUCGGGAACGUUCUCUCUUCACGCCUACUCUUGAUUACCUGUUGGAAUUAUUGACAGGUGCGCUGGAGCAGCCGUACGAUAUAAUGGAUACUGGAGGAGGAAACUCUGUCAAGAUUGUUCAUGUGGAGCCCUGCCAGUACACAGCAGGUAUCACAGAGGUCAUCAAGAGCGGUGAACCAGAUUGGUCUUUAAAUGAACGGGUUCCAACUCUUCUUGCGGCAUUGUUCCACAUGAUCUGUAGCGUAUCUGAUACUCAAUUCCCUGUCGUAGUCAAAGAGAACAAAGAUGGUGAGCAUUUCAACAUAUACUUAAUUUUCAAACAGACAAGAACCAAGCAACCGCUGAUCAUUACCCCCGAGCUAAGAAGGUCUGCCGAAAAACCGGCUGGGUUGGCCGUUGCAGCGUUGAAAAUAUUGUUUUCCAAACUGCUUUUCCACUUUGGCAUAUUGGUUGUAUUGCAUUAUAGAACUCAUACAUCAGCAGUUAUUGAGGAUAUGAAUCAAGCUCGCGGAUGGACUGAGUGCCUCGAUCGUGAUAUGUUCAUUGACUCAAUCACGGUGCUGGUGCGCUCGCUUGUUGAGCAUCGCCCAGAUUGGAUAGAACCAUUAGCCAGGGCUGUGAUGGAUAAGGCUAGCAACGAACGCGAACCAAUACGACUUGCAGCAGUCAUAGUGUCAUCAGCCCUCGUGCGAAAGUCUCCAGAUUCCAGCGGAGAUUUCAACGAAAAACUACUGGUUGGCUGUAUUCGACUACUGGAGAACUCACUUAGCGAUCAAAGCCUCCGAAUUCGCAAGGUGAGACACGUUCUAAUAAUACCCUCACUCACCUUUCAGCUUUGCGUACGUGGCUUGGGAGAGUUAUCAGAAUGCUGCUCUGGAGCAGUUGCUGACAGAUUCGCAAGCAUGGCUGUUGAAGCCGCUAUGGGAGGGUUGGAUGACCUAGGAGACAGGAACGACACGGUAGCAAUGGAAUCCAUCAUAUCAUUGAACAAGCUUGUCUCGAAAACUAAUGAUUCACAAUUACAUUCUAUACUUCGACAAGUGCUGCUGAAAAUUCGUCCAUGUUUUGAAAAGGUGGAGUCUGGAGCAUUACGGGCGGCAUCGUUUAGCCUUUUUGGGGAAUUGGGCGCCAGAGUUGGAGGAGAUGAAGAGUUUAUGGGACACCUGCAUGCCAACAUUGUAGCUAUCUUACUCCAUCUAAAUGACGAAGAUGAAGACGUUCGAAAGGCCUGUAGUUUGACGCUCAAUCAAGUCCAUUCCUUAUUUGGAGUGGGGACGCUUUCAUCAAUAGUCGAACGUGAAAUGAAAGGAGGACGGCAGCCAUUCAGUUACUCCGCAGUUCAGCGUGAUCUUGCAAGUGUUUUGGUUUGUUUUCCUUCUUCUGGGGGGAGAAGAAGCACAAUGAACAACGAUUACUAUCACUCAGCACUCUCGUUUCCUGAUCGAGUGAAUCAGUACGCGUUAACAUGCAGCAACUACUUCAAAAGUUCGAAUGCACGCAUUCGAGCAAACGCUGCUCUUCUAACUGGACACAUGCUGGGCGUACUUACUCCACAACUUCGAGCUACCAUCAGCAAAGACCUCAUCUUCUCUAGUUUGGUGCUACUACUGAAAGAUCCAGAAGACGUGAGUGUACGAAUCGCAGCAGCAAAAGCAGUUGGAAGCCUACAUGAUUUCUCUUGA